GGCUCUGAAGACACUUGUUCUGGUGUUAGAGAAGAGGACACUGUGCUGGGGUCCAUUCCGAGGAAACAUUACACCCCUCAGGAAAGAGCCGCAGGUGGAAAGGAGGAAGGAGCAGCGGCGUCCUCUAGCAGCGCAGCAUAUGCAGGAGAGUCCACGUCACCCCUCCUCUCUUUCGGCGGCAGCCGACAGCGUCGGACAACGACGCGAGAGGCGCAGAAACCCACGGCCGCGUCUUUCCCGGACGGCCCCCUGCCCUCGGGGGUCGGCAGCCCCGAAUCCCCGCCAGCCGUGAGGACCGUGCCUCUCCGCUCCGGAACCAAUCCCGACCUGCAGCUCCAAACAGCACCGGCGAAGAGCUUCAGCGACUCGGGGAGUCUCGGACAGCGCCGGCCCGCUCACGAGGGAGAGAAGCCCUAUCGCUGCGCCGAGUGCGGGAAGAGCUUCAGCGAGCUGGGGAAUCUGAAACAGCACCGGAGAAUCCACACGGGGGAGAAGCCCUAUCGCUGCGGCGAGUGCGGGAAGAGCUUCACCCAUUCAAACUCCUUGAAGAUCCACCAGCGCGCCCACGCGGGGCAGACCCGCUACAUCUGUGACGGGUGCGGGAAGAGCUUCAGCCAGUUCGAGCACCUGAAAGUACACCAGAGGAUUCACACCGGGGAGAAGCCCUACCAGUGCUCCGAGUGCGGGAAGAGAUUCCGCCAUUCCGGGGUGCUGAAGAAGCACCAGCGGAUUCACACCGGAGAGAAGCCCUACCAGUGCUCCGAGUGCGGGAUGAGAUUCAGCCGGGUGGACUAUCUCAAAACGCAUCAGCGGCUUCACGCAUGAGAGAGACCGUUUCUUUCUACUGAAAGAGUUAAUUAGGGGGCUGGGAAGGACCUGGUCUCGGUCAGAGCCGUUGAAAGCUGGGACACUUCGCUCCCCCAAACAGCUGGUUUUGAAACACUAACAGAAGUCUUUAGAGCUGUUGAUAAUAUCAGUCUGUCAGUCUUUAUUACUUCUGUAACACCUUCUGGGAUAAAUCCUCCUCAAAGUGCUUUACAGAUAAACGCAUCACGGGCAAAACAAUUAGGUGACAAAAUACAAACGCCCUUUUCAAUAAAUGAGGCAAACCAGAUUCUGCAGUGAUUGCUUUAAAAAAAAAAAAAAAAAUUCAAAAAUAUGUAUGCAGAUAAACACAAUUCACAUUACCUGAUCGAAUUUCAAAAUACAGACGCUAAAUUAUAAAAUAAUGUGUUAUUAAUUGUUCUCCCAGUUUGACAUGCAAACACAUGUUUAAUUGUUUUAAUUUAUUUUAGUUUUUUAUAAGAAUGCAUCCAAAGACUGUUUGAAUUACUGCCCAGAACACCAGAUCCCACUGCUUCAGAAAACUGGUUUCAUAACUAGCGAGACAUAGCAAUUAAAUACAGUGGAGAGAGCAGAAUACAGGAUAGCAGCAGAAUACAUGAAAUAGUGCAUUAAAUACAGUGGAAAGAGCAGAAUACAGGA